AUGAGGGCUCUGCUGCUCCUGGGGGCUCUGCUGGUGAGCUUGGAGUCAGCGCUUUCGGCUCCACCUUGGAAAGCCCCCAAGGAACAUAAGUUCAGAGCGAGUGAGCACACAGUGGUUCUCACUGUCACCGGGGAGCCCUGCCACUUCCCCUUCCAGUACCACGGGCAGCUGUAUCACAAAUGCAUCCACAGAGGCCGGCCCGGCCCCCGACCCUGGUGUGCUACCACCCCCAUCUUCGAGAAGGACCAGCGAUGGGCAUACUGCCUGGAGCCCAAGACAGUGAAAGACCACUGCAGCAAACACAACCCCUGCCGGAAGGGAGGGACCUGUGUGAACAUGCCAAAUGGCCCAAGCUGCAUCUGUCCAGAUCACUCUACUGGGAAGCACUGCCAGAGAGAGAAGUGCUUCGAGUCCCAACUUCUCCGGUUCUUCCAGGAGAAUGAAAUAUGGCAUAGGCUUGAGCGGGCAGGUGUGGCCAAGUGCCAGUGCAAGGGUCCUAAUGCCCACUGCAAACCAGUGGCCAGCCAGGUCUGCCGCACCAACCCGUGUCUCAACGGGGGCAGCUGCCUACAGGCAGAGGGCCACCGCCUGUGCCGUUGCCCCGCGGGCUACGCGGGACGCCUGUGCGACGUGGAUCUCAAGGCGAUCUGCUACAAAGACCGCGGGCUCGACUACCGCGGCGUGGCCCAGACUACGCUCUCGGGCGCACCCUGUCAGCCGUGGGCCUCGGAGGCCACCUUCUGGAAUGUGACUGCAGAGCAAGCGCUGAACUGGGGACUGGGCGACCACGCCUUCUGCCGAAACCCGGACAACGACAUUCGCCCAUGGUGCUUCGUUUGGAGAGGCGACCAACUGAGCUGGCAAUAUUGCCGCCUGGCACAGUGUCAGGCCCCAAGCAAGGCGGAGCCCCAAAUCACUCCUCCGACCCGGAUCUCCUCUGGGCCCCAGGACUUCCCCUUGCCCUCCCUUUCGGCUUUGCAGAAGGCUCAGCCCACACCCCAGACCCCGCCUCAACCCCUGACCUCAGCCUGGGCUCAUCCUACGGCCUGGUGCGCGCCGCCGGAGCAGCGGAUCCCCCUGCCUAGCGAGCGCCCGGCGGGCUGCGGUCAGCGCCUCCGAAAACGGCUGUCCUCGCUGAGCCGCGUCGUCGGGGGACUGGUGGCCCUCCCUGGGGCCCACCCCUACAUCGCCGCGCUGUACUGGGGCCAAAAUUUCUGCGCCGGCAGCCUCAUCGCCCCCUGUUGGGUGCUGACCGCGGCUCACUGCCUGCAGAACCGACCCGCUCCCGAGGAGCUGACGGUGGUACUUGGCCAGGACCGCCAUAACCAGAGCUGUGAUCAGUGCCAGACGCUGGCCGUGCUCACCUACCGCCUGCACGAAGGCUUCUCGCCCAUCACCUACCAGCACGACCUGGCCCUGGUGCGACUGCAGGAGAGCGCGGACGGCUGCUGCGCGCACUCGUCGCCUUUUGUUCAGCCGGUGUGCCUGCCGAGUAGCGCCGCCCGCUCCGCCGAACCCGAAGCCGCACUCUGCGAGGUGGCCGGCUGGGGCCACCAGUUCGAGGGGGCGGAGGAGUAUGCCAGCUUCCUGCAGGAGGCUCAGGUUCCGCUCAUCAGUCCCGAGCGCUGCUCCGCCCCCGACGUGCACGGAGACGCCUUCACUCCUGGCAUGCUCUGCGCUGGCUUCCUCGAGGGCGGCACCGACGCGUGCCAGGGUGACUCCGGGGGCCCGCUGGUGUGUGAGGACCAGACGGCAGAGCAUCAGCUCAUCCUGCGAGGCAUCGUCAGCUGGGGCUCAGGCUGUGGCGACCGCCAGAAGCCGGGUGUGUACACCGACGUAGCCAACUACCUGGCCUGGAUUCAGGAGCACACUGCUUCCUGACGGACCAGGGACUCGUCUUUCCUUCCUGCUCAAUUCUAGAAUGGAAGGGUGGCUGGGGUAAGAUCACAGACAGCAAGGAUUGUGUUCCAUUCCCAAGGCUGCCAGCCCAGCACCAGGCAUGGCAUUGGCACUCAAUAAAGUGCUUUUGAAAAUGC